GUUUGGAGCAAACAGGAGACUGCUGGCUGGGUGAAGAGAGAGAGGAGUGGAAGGAGGUUGGAAGGCACACUGGCAGAACAAAUUCUCAUCAGGUUUUCAAAACAAGGUGUUACCGUGACCACAGCUGAGCCUAAUUUUACAAACACGUCAUCAUGAGGAGCCUGCUUCUGGCCGUGCUUCUUUUGCAGCUUCUCGGGACCUGCUUCUGUCAAUUCCCUCGCCCUUGUGCCAACUCAGAGGGCUUACGGACCAAAGAGUGUUGCCCGGUAUGGGAUGGAGACGGCUCAGCCUGCGGUGCUCUGUCAGGCCGUGGUUUCUGCACAGAGGUGGAAGUGUCAGACGAACCCCACGGCCCACAGUACCCUCACAGUGGGAUUGAUGACAGGGAGCGCUGGCCUUUAGCUUUCUACAACCGCACGUGUCGCUGCGCUGGAAACUAUGGUGGUUUUAACUGCGGAGAGUGCAGGUUUGGCUACUGGGGAGCAAACUGCGCUGAGUAUAGGGAAUCAGUGCGCCGAAACAUCAUGACCCUGUCAGCCGCAGAGCAACAGAAGUUCAUUUCCUACCUGAACCUGGCCAAGAACACCAUCAGCCGUGACUAUGUCAUCGCCACGGCAACCAGAUCAGAGAUGGGUGAAAAUGGUGAGAACCCCAUGUUCUCUGACAUCAACACCUAUGAUCUGUUCGUCUGGAUGCACUACUAUGUGUCGCGGGACGCCUUCCUGGGAGGGCCGGGGAACGUUUGGACAGACAUCGACUUUGCCCAUGAAUCAGCAGCCUUUCUGCCGUGGCAUCGCGUCUACCUGCUUCACUGGGAGAAUGAGAUAAGGAAGCUUACAGGAGAUUUUAACUUCACCAUCCCAUAUUGGGACUGGAGGGACGCCCAAUCCUGCGAGGUGUGCACUGACAGUUUGAUGGGGGGGCGCAGCUCCUUCAACCCCAACCUCAUCAGCCCUGCCUCAGUCUUCUCGUCAUGGAAGGUCAUCUGCACUCAGCCUGAAGAAUACAACAGUCGGGAGGCAUUGUGCAAUGCUACAGGGGAAGGGCCGCUGUUGCGUAACCCUGGCAACCACGAUACGAAUCGUGUGCAACGACUCCCAACAUCAGCUGAUGUUGACUUGACUGUGGGCCUCCCCCAAUACGAGACCGGAUCCAUGGACAGAUUCACCAACAUGAGCUUCAGGAACGUCCUUGAGGGUUUUGCCAGUCCUGAGACCGGUAUGGCCGUUCAAGGCCAAAGCACGAUGCACAAUGCCUUGCAUGUCUUCAUGAAUGGCUCCAUGUCCUCUGUACAAGGUUCAGCCAAUGACCCCAUAUUUCUCCUGCACCACGCUUUUAUAGACAGCAUUUUUGAGCGCUGGCUCAGGACCCACCAGCCUACACGGACCUUCUAUCCACUCAGCAACGCCCCCAUUGGGCACAACGAUGGUUACUACAUGGUGCCAUUCAUGCCUCUUUAUAGGAAUGGAGACUAUUUUCUCUCCAAUAAGGCAAUGGGAUAUGAAUACGCCUAUCUGUUAGACCCAGGCCAGAGAUUUGUGGAGGAGGUUCUGAACCCUUACCUCCAGCAGGCCCAGCAGAUCUGGCAGUGGCUACUAGGAGCAGGCAUCCUGGGGGCGCUCGUCGCGGUGGCCAUCGCAGCAGUGGCCAUUGCCGCAAGAAGAAAGUGGAGACGCAGCCAGAGGAGGAAGAGGGCGUCCAUUUUUGGAGAGCGGCAGCCACUUCUUCAGAGCAGCUCAGAGGAAGGUUCAGCUUCCUAUCAGACUACUCUGUAACACACACACACACGAGGCUAUACAAAUGCAUGAAUGUGGGGAACAGUGGGACAUUUUUCCUGGAUCAAAUCAAAUCUCACAUCAGUUCACUUUUCCCAUUAUAAAAAAGUUGGACUUCAGCACCACAUGUUUGUAAUCCACCACAGUGCAAGUGAAAUACUCCUUGAUUGUAGCAUAUGCACUGCAGUUAAAACCUCAAAUUUGACCAAAACUAUUAACUGUAAAAAGUCAAUGUUUGGAUCGCAAACAUUUACCCUUGUAAAAUGUUUCGGAACAAAUCAGCUGUAAAAAAAAAAAAAAAAAAAAAAAAAAAAAAGUAUACAGAAGAUAUCUUUCACACAAGAUAGUGUGUAUUUGACAAUUUGGAUGCACUAACCUUCAUGACUUGACAGCGUGGGAAAUUCAGGAAUAUGUCCCCCAUAUAUUAAGCGUUCAGCAGAAAACACAACUGAUGUACUGUAUGCCACAUACACACCCACACUGCCAAACGUCUUUCAUAAAGCUCCAGAGACGUUUUAAUAAAGUGAGACAGCCCACCUUGGAUGAUGCAUACGGAGUAUUAACACUCAUCAGUGGGUUUUAAUGAUCAGAAAAUGUAUAAUUAAUGAUAUAAUUUAUUAUACUGACCGAAGCUCCAACACUUGGUGGUAGCACUGGUGCUAAAGGAUCAUAGUAAUGCAUGUGAUCUUUCACUAACUCAUGUGCCUGAGUUGCUGCAUUAAAAUCUGAUCCGAUCCAACUUCAGUUGCCUGUGGUCCUUCUGUUUGGAAAGAAGUACAAACUACACACAUUGCGAAUGCUCACACCCUUCAAAACAACCAUCAUGCAACAAAAAUAUAAACGCAACACUUUUUUUUGCCCAUCCACGACCAUCACCUCAUGUUGCAGAACGACAAUGCACACGUAAACAAUCCCUGGAAGCUCUCCCAGUUCUUGCAUGGCCAGCACACGCGUGUUUGGGAUGCUCAUUGAAGAGGAGUGGACGAGCAUUCCACACGUCUCGAUCGACAGCCUGACCAACUACGGCAGGGCUGUCAAACUUGUUUUAAAUUGAGGGCCACAUCACAGUGAUGGCUGCCCUGAGAGGGCCACUUGUAUCUGUCAAUAUAUACGAGUAUACUGUAAAUAUGAAUAUAACCUCAUAAUAUUAUUACACAGUUGGCCAUGCAUUUUGAUGAUUAUAUCUUUACUAACAAGUUGAUGAAUAACGUGCUUUGAAAUGAGAAGCAAAAACUGCUCGGAAUAUCUUAAAAACCGCACGCCGUACAAUUUUUCUGUCAAAAUGAAGGCAUAAAUACAUUUAGAAGGAAAAAGGUGGAGUGCAUAAUUGACACACAUUAUUUCCAGGCUUUCACGGGCCACAUCUGGCCCCCGGGCCUUGAGUUUGACACCUGUGAACUUCGGGAAUUAGAUGUGUUGAACUACGUGAGAUACAGUAAAUGGUGGCCACACCAGAUGCUGACUGAUUUUCUGACCAACCUGGACGCCCCCAAAAGAGUAAAACUGCACAUUUUGUGACCUUUUAUUGUGGCCAGCCUAAGGCACAUAACCUGUGAGGUAUAUGAAGUACAGUAAAUAUUAAAAAAAAGUGCUCACUAACACAGAUUUAGGCAGUAUUGUAACAAUAUUUGAGAUAUUUUGGGUUAAUAGAAAAGGUUUUAGACGUCAGAUCUUUGAGCUCAGCUCAUGAAA